GCCAAACCCUAAACCUCAUGCCCACCGUUCUCCGGUUUUCGCCAAAAGAACGUCUUUUGCCCCGAGCCUCCUCGCUUAUGUCCAUCCCCGCUUUCCCGGUUUCGCCUCGUGACCGAACCCUCGCAUUACAGCAGCGAUUAGAGCUAGCUGAGAAGGGAGCGACGCGAUAGCGGCGUACGGAGACCGCCGAAACUCCCAUCUUUCUCCUCCUUACGCUCCUACGCGAAACCAUUGAGAACGAUAUGGGGAAGAGAAAGAGGGAUCAGAAUGAUGGAGUAGAUAGGGAUCGCUGCCUUGCCACAGUAUUUGUUUCAAAUCUUCCUUACUCUCUUCAGUCUUCCCAGCUGGAAGAUGCAUUCAGUGAGGUGGGACCUGUGAGGCGCUGCUUUGUGGUCACAAAGAAGGGUUCUGAUGCAAACCGUGGCUUUGGGUUUGUGCAAUUCGCUGCUGUGGGAGAUGCUCAGCAUGCCAUCGAAAUGAAAAAUGGUUUAACAAUUGAUGGUAGAAAAAUAAAAGCUGAACUUGCAAUGCAUCGACUUUCUUGGGAUCUUCGCUCGAAGAAAGCAAAUAAUGAAAAAGGAAAUGUGAGUGACAAAGCAAAUCAAGUACGCAAAGUUGACAAAAUGGAAUUAACAUCACAUGUUUCAGCAAUUGUCAAUAAUGAAAAAUCCCCCAGUGAAGCAAUUGUUCCAAAUAUUGUCUCUAUUGAUAAAGAAGAUGGCUCUGAAAAACAGAGGGUUGCUAGGACAGUGGUAUUUGGAGGCCUUCUCAGUUCUGAAAUGACAAAUGAAGUACUCCGUCGGGCUGGAGAGGCUGGAAGCAUUUGUUCAAUAACUUAUCCUUUUCCAAAGGAAGAACUUGACCAUCAUGGAUUAGCUAGAGAUGGUUGCAAGUUGGAAGUUGCAUCUGUACUUUAUAGAAGUGUAAAAGUAGCACGCCUUGCUGUUGCAAUGCUUCAUCAGCAAGAGAUAAUGGGCGGAUGCAUUUGGGCACGCCAAUUGGGUGGGGAGGGUUCAAAAGCUAGAAAGUGGCGAUUAAUAGUCAGAAAUCUGCCUUUCAAGAUCACAAUUAACGAAAUCAAAGAUAUUUUUUCCACAUCAGGCUUUGUAUGGGAUGUGUGUAUUCCACAUAGAACAGAAGAAGGGGUAUCUAAGGGCUUUGCUUUUGUCUCUUUCACAUGUAAGAAGGAUGCAGAGAAGGCUAUCCAAGAUAUCAACGGGAAGAUGAUUGCUAAAAGACCUAUUGCAGUUGAUUGGUCAGUUCCAAAAAAGAUAUAUGCGAGUGCCACUAAAUCUACGUCUAAAGAGGGGAAAUCAGCUGAUGGAAAUAAAGAUUAUGAUGAGAGCGAUGGUAGUUCGGUUACAGAAAUUGAUGCUGGUAUUGUAGAAAAAACAGAGAUUCACAAUGAUAAAAGUGAUGCAAAUGAGACAGCUUUUGGCUCAAAGGGAAAUGAGCCUCUUUCUACAGAAGUUGAUUUUGGGAUGGAGGCAGAAGUUGCGAGGAAAAUUCUUGAAAAUUUGAUUAAUUCACGUGUGACCCCAAGUAACUCAGAGGCAAUUGACUCUGUUGAAAAAGAGAAAGUUAAUUCUAUCAGCAGGGAGCGUCCUGCUCCUGGGAAAAAGUUACAUGCUGCUGAAAAAAGAGAUAUGAAACAGACGGAGUGUAUUUCUGAAGAUAUCAAUAAGAAAGAUGGUGACCUUGGUAGAACAAUUUUCAUCAGCAAUAUACCAUUUGAAAUUGAAAGUGAGGAGGUAAAACAAAGGUUUUCAGUGUUUGGUGAGGUGCAAUCUUUCGUGCCGGUACUUCAUCAACUCACCAAGAGACCAAGAGGUACCGCUUUUCUCAAGUUUAGAACUGCAGCUGCUGCUGAUGCAGCAAUUGCUUCUGCAAAUGAUGCAAAUGGUUUAGGUAUUAUUCUGAAAGGAAGGCUGCUUAAAGUUCUGAAGGCUUUGGACAGGGAGUCUGCUCAAAAGAAAGGCCUUGAAAAGAUGAAGAAUGAGGUUCAAGACAGGCGCAAUCUAUAUCUGGCAAAGGAAGGUGAAAUCGUUGCUGACAGCCCAGCCGCUGAAGGUGUAUCUAAAGCUGACAUGGAGAAGCGUGAGAUGUUAGCCAAAAAGAAGAUUGAAAUGCUGCGAUCUCCAAAGUUCCACGUAUCCAGGACAAGACUCAUUAUGUAUAAUGUGCCAAAGACGAUGACUCAAGAGGAAGUGAAGAAGAUGUUUAUAGAUGCAAUCCUUUCUCGGGCAUCAAAGCAAAAUCCGGAAGUUCAAAAGGUAAAACUCUUGAAGGAUGAUAAAAAGGGACAAUCUUCUGCCAAGAAACAUUCACGUGGUGUUGCAUUUGUAGAUUUUAAAGAGCAUGAGCAUGCUCUUGUGGCGCUAAGAGUCCUCAAUAACAAUCCAGAGACAUUUGGCUCAGAG